AAGAAUAGUACAAAUGGGCUCGACAUGGGUUGAACAUAGGGUUUUUGGCCUGAGCAUGCAAGUGUAUGGCCGGGUCAAUAAGUACGUGAUCAAUAUGUUGGGAAAAGCAGUAAUGGCCGAGCAAACCGAAAAGGAUAGGCUCAAUCUUCUCCCGCGAAGUUACUGGUCAAGAUACUAUGUCGAAUGCGACACUGCUAAAUUAUUCCAAAAGGCAUUUGAAACUCCAUUGGCGUUAUCUGUUCACCUGAGGGAGACAAUGAUAGGAUUCCAUCUUGACCGAAUUCACAUGGUGUUUUUACCUUUAAGCUCAUACAGUUUCUGGUACACGGUUGUUGCUAACUUUAGGAAGAAAUUGUUCGAAGUCCUCUGCCCAAACAACAGAAUCGACUUGAUUGCUGACGAAGCUCAGCUUGUAAUCAAGAAUUUCAAAGCGGCUUUCAAGCUGGCAUACAAGAGAUCACAACUAAAUGUGACUGACAUGGGUGUGUCUUUCCGGAGUGUGUGCUCUUCAACUAAAGAGGCAGAUAGUGGGAUCUUCACAAUGAAGUUGGUACAAGGACAUGAUGGAGACAACACUUUGUGUUUUGAACCCGAGCAUGCAAAGAGCCUGCGCGAGAGUCUAACUUACUACAUGGUUGCUCACCCUUGCAACGAAAAACUGAUGCCAGAAACCAAAGAAAUCUUAAGAAAAUAUGGUGUUCCAUUUGACUACUCGGUACGUAUGACUAAAGGAAAUUUCCCUUCAUUUUUCACUUUUUUUUGCAAACAGAUUUUUUUCUCCUUUACAGUUUUUCCAAGUUUGCAUGCAUUCCCCCAUGAUUUCUAACCUUUUUCUCUUUCUUUUCUCAUGAACAUAAAU